AGAAAAAGCAUGUUGAUGAAUUAAGAACUGUUAUUAGAGAUAGUAAUUUUUAUUUUGAAGUUAUGGUUGGUGCUUGUCAAGAAAGGAUAGGUGUAAGUGCAUAUGAGUCAGCAAGUAGGGAGAGAGAAAGAAAAGUGAAGAAGUAUAUGGGAUGCGAGUUGUAA